GACCGACAUCGCACUCACCUUCUCAGCGCCUGAUUGGUCGGCUGGGGUUUUAGCACAGGAAGUGCAUGGGUGUGUUUCCGAGGGGGCGGGUCUUAAACUGCGUCGAAGAACUUCCCUGAAGACACCGUUCAGACAGCGUUUGCACGUACACAGGAUGGAGCUGCGACCACUUGUAAUGUGCUUUGCUCUCUGUGUGGUUUACGCCACCAGCAAACCCACAGAGAAGAAGGACCGUGUUCACCACGAUGAACCCCUCAGCAACCGAGAGCAUGAUGAUGUGGAGAACUUUGACUAUGACCAUGAAGCCUUUCUGGGACAAGAGGAGGCCAAGACCUUUGAUCAGCUCACACCAGAGGAGAGCAAGGAGAGGCUCGGCAUGUUGGUUGAACGUAUAGAUGAGGAUAAGGAUGGCUAUGUGACAGCUGAGGAGAUGAAGAAGUGGAUCAAGCACGCUCAGAAGAGGUGGAUCUACGAUGAUGUGGAUCGACAGUGGAAGAGUCAUGACCUCAAUGGAGAUGAGGUGGUGUCCUGGGAGGAGUACAAGAACGCCACAUACGGAUACAUUCUUGAUGAUCCCGACCCCGAUGAUGGCUUCAGUUACAGGCAGAUGAUGAAUCGCGAUGAGAGGAGAUUCAAAAUGGCCGACCAAGACAAUGACAUGAAAGCCAACAAGGAGGAGUUUACAGCCUUCCUUCACCCUGAGGAGUACGACCACAUGAAAGACAUUGUAGUGCUGGAAACUAUGGAAGACAUUGACAAGAAUGGAGAUGGUUUAAUAGACUUAGACGAGUACAUAGGUGACAUGUACAGCCAGGAGGGAGACGCCACAGAACCUGAGUGGGUGAAGACAGAGAAGGAACAGUUUACUGAAUUCAGAGACAAAAACAAAGACGGAAAGAUGGACAAGGAGGAGACCAGAGACUGGAUCCUGCCCAGUGACUACGACCAUGCUGACGCUGAGGCCAAGCAUCUGGUCUAUGAGUCGGAUACAGACAAAGAUGGCCGCCUGACCAAAGCAGAAAUCGUGGAUAAGUACGACCUGUUCGUGGGCAGCCAGGCGACUGACUUCGGAGAGGCUCUGACUCGACACGACGAGUUCUAACAUCCACCUGCCUCCAAAGACUCUGUGUUCAUUUUGUGUACCACCUUAGUCCUCCGACGGUCGAUUGAGUAUUUCAAACGAGAUGAGCUCGCCUAAUCCGACGCCACGGACAGUAAUUUAUUUGGUUUGUUGAAUGUGUCCCAGUGUACACACACUAACAGUGUGUCGUCAUGCUCAGUUGUGUGUAAGAUUGGGAUAUAUCGCCAGCCUUUGCUCUGCUUCCACACACUACUCUUCCCAUUUUCUAGGUCAGGUGAAAAACAAACAGUGUUAGAUGAUAAUUAGUUUUUCUUUGAAAGAAUAAUUUUAUGAAAUAGCCAUGUUUUGUUAUGAAACCCUAAAAGAGCAAAUUUAAGUUUGCAGUGUACAGAGUACUUUGUCAUACCAUUUCUUUUUGCAAUGCACUGGACUGUGAAGAGUAAAGCUGAUGUCUAGCUAGUUUUGUUCUACUACAGAAUUUGUUCUACUCCUCCUGUCUAAUCAUGUAAUCGGGCCCAAACUGAAAAGUAGUUUCUGAUUCACUUGUGCUUUGUUUUCAUGUCUUUAUUGAUCAUAAUGCUGGAGUAUAGGGUGUUUGGAACGAGGAUUAAAUAUUAAAUUCCAGUGACGAUAAAGACUAUUUGGACUAGUGCAAUACAGUAUAAUCAGUGGGACCGCACUGUGUUUGCUAUACUGGUCCCCAAAGCAUCCAUGUUAACACAAGCCGUGGGUCCCACAUAAGGGCGGGCUGUGUGUUAGUGGAAGGAAUCAAGAAUUUCUGAUUUAAUGACUAAUGGAUGCUUUGUCCUCAAAGCUGCCUCCUUUCUUCUUCUUUUUUUUCUCAUCACCUUAAUAGUGUGUGUGCGUGUGAAUCUGUGUGUACAUAUAUUACUUGUACUCUUAAUUUUUUUUUAAAUGUUUUUGUUGGUUUCAGCUGAACAAACUAAUUUGUGUGCCAAGGAAACACCUUUGUCCUGUUUUGUAAGCUGUUUAAAAAAAACAAAAAGCUAAUUUCA